CACAUUGUUACAGUUUAAAUGACUGACGUUUAGUAUCGAUAGUUUGCUGUGUAGCAUGGUUGAACGUAUUCUUAACCAGCUUAGGUCCAAGGAUGGAUUUGUCAAAAAUGAAAAACGAUAAGAAGCUCUACCUUUGCAGAUGGUAUUACCGAGCUGGAUUUGCAUUUCUGCCGUUUCUUUGGUGUGUAAAUGCAGUUUGGUUCUUCGCAGAAGCGUUUAGGAAGCCACCAUAUGAAGAACAAAGAGAAAUAAGAAAGUAUGUGGUAAUGUCUGGAAUUGGUACCAUUAUAUGGACUGCAGCUCUGACAACAUGGAUAACAGUAUUUCAGUUGUACCGAGCAGAAUGGGGAGAAACUGGAGAUUGGAUAUCAUUCAUUAUACCAACAGGAAUACCAUAGCAUUUGUAGUUAAAUAUAACGAGUGAAACAAACUUUCUCACUAAGAUGACAUAUUUUUGAGCUGUUGAGCUUUGACACUCCUAGGUUCCACAUGAGCAAGUCCAGGAUAUGCAUUCCAGAACUUAAUUCAAAAUCUCUUAAAGGAAUUUUAUAGCAGCAGACAUUAUGAU